GCUGUGCCUGGGGCUGGGGAGCUGAGCCGCUGGGCCAGGGUGCCAACCGUGGUCAGUGCACAAAGACUUAGGUGUGGUGAGAACCUACCCUUGAGCAGCGGGUGCUCUGGCUGGGGAAGCAACUCAUGUAUUAAGGGGUGACUGCCAGCUGGGAGUCUCUUGCCAGGAAGUGGCUGCUCACAACUCCUAGGUCUAAAGCAGGGGGCACAGGUGGGAGCAGAGGCCAAGACCCUUCAGCCUGCCUGCUGCCAACAGAAGUGCAGAGGUGGCUCAGCUAGGGACUCCAGAUUGCUGUGUGAGACCCCUGGCCUUCUAGAGGGGGCCAGGCUUCUGGCUCCCCUGUUCUGUGCUGUGGGCGCCUCCCAGGUUAUCUCUGAAUCAUCAGACUCUUGGCAGCAUCCUGCCUGACCAGUUUUCGUUUUGUUUUGUUUUGUUUUUUAGGGCCGCACCCAUGGCAUACGGAGGUUCCCAGGCUAGCAGUCGAAUUGGAGCUGUAGCUGCCGGCCUACACCACAGCUCACGGCAAGGCUGGAUCCUUAACCCACUGAGCAAGGCCAGGAAUCGAACCCUCAACCUCGUGGUUCCUGGUUGGAUUCAUUCCUGCUGUGCCAACAAUGGGAGCUCCCCUAGCCAGUUUUGAAUGUCUGAAAGGGGAGCCCUUCCUCAGCCUCCCUCCACUGUGGCUGCCGCCUUGCAGCCGUGGUUCCCAGAGGAGCCACCCCACUCCAGUCCCUGCUUCCUGUGUGGCUUCCGCCCACAUCACUCCCAGCUGCUGGGCCUCCCAGCAGUGUGGGCACUGCCGACCACUCCUUUCUGCCACCUGUCCCCAUAAUCGUGGCCCCUCUGGCAGCCACUGCCCAGGGCACACUGGCCUCCGUCCUGGAGCGGAGGCCUCACUGAGGAGGGGCAUCUGAGCACUGACUUGGGCGGCUCUCUGGGCAGGUGGAGAACCGUGCUCCCUGCGCCUGCUGUGUCCUCACCCUCCUCUCGGCUCGUCCUGGCCCGAUGUGUCCUUAGCGCCAGGCACAGCGGCUGACCCCUAGAAGGUGUGGAGGUGUUGAGGGAGCGUGUGGAGGGAGGGUGGACGGGCCACCGACCAUCCCCGAGCAGCAGCAGCAUUUAGCAGAUGUCAAAGGGGGCACACCCAGACCUCCCGCGGGGCGGCCUCUGUCCCUGCCCAGCCCCGGGGGAGGAGAGGAGAGGCGUGUCUGGGCUCAGGCCUGAGAGCGGCCUCCUGUCGCACCCUCUCCCCGUGGAGUCCCGGCUUCGUUCAUCCUCGGCCGGGCCGGGCCGGACAACUGAUGACCGAAGGAAGCGCUGGGAGAGUUGGGAGCGUGUGAGGGAGGUGGGCCUGGGAGGGCGAGAGAACCGCUGUUUCCAUGGCUCGGCACGUGCCACACACACCCCGGGGCCUAGCCAUCAACACCGGCGCCACAGGCCUGCCGUCACCCUCCGGUGGCUCGUGGCCCUUGCGGGAAGGGCCGUGGCAGAGCCCUCGGGGCGUCCUCAUGGGCUCCGUCUUCCUCCACGUGGGCUCGCUGCACCGUGAACUCGGCCCAGAAGGGGGCUGCUAAGUACUUGUGCUGGAUUUUGUCAGAGCUCUUGGCUCAGAGGCCCCAUCCUCUCCUGACCCGCUCCUGGCCGAGGGAAGGAAGACGGGCCUGUCGAGGCUGCCGACCCCCGGCGGGGCCGCCAGUCUGGGGCCGUGACCGUGACCCCGAUGUGCGGAUCGGGCCGAGUCAGACGGCUGUCAGCAAUCUGGGACCCGCUGGCCGGUAGACCGUUGCUCCGACGCGAGGCCCCGGCUCGCUCUCCGUCCCGGGCGCCCGGGGUCUCUUCCUCCUUGGCUUUCUGCGCUGUCCCCCGACUCCUGCUUCCCUGGGUGGGGCUGGGGGGCCGUGUUUGCCUUGGCAAGAUGUCAUUUUGGAAUCGAGGCAAGUGGAGACGCGGCACUGUUCUGGCACAGCCGUCCUGGGGAGGGUCCCGCUUACCUGCCUGCUGGGUGGCUCCGGGAGGCGGCGGGGCCCCUGAGCUCGCAGGUGCGCGGGUAGAUGAGCCACCCUGCCCUCCUGCCCCCACGUCACUGGGGACCUGGCCCCUGAGGAAAGACUCGGCCCUGCAGGGCUCUGGUGUGUUAUUUUUACUGCCUCUUCCUCCCAUAUCUGCAUGUUCAGAAAUAGCAGUGCUGAGUGAAUCCCUCUCAGUCUGAGUCCGCCUUGGAAGGUAGGAUGCAUUUUGCAGAGCAUGGCUGUCGGUCAGCAGCUGAUUCUCAGCAUUCCGGCGUGUGGACCGCAGGAGCCCCGGAUGUUCUGGGUGGAGCUGAAGCUGGAGGACCGCUCCGUGGUGCCCCGCGACGUGGUCCGGCACAUGAGAUCCACUGACAGCCAGUGCGGCACUGUGAUGGACGUCAGCAUCGACUGCGCCGUCAAGCUCAUCGGCACCAACUGCAUCAUCUACCCCGUCAACAGCCGGGACCUCCAGCACAUCUGGCCCUUCAUGUAUGGGGACUACAUCGCCUACGACUGCUGGCUGGGGAAGGUCUACGACCUGAAGAACCAGAUCAUCCUCAAGCUGUCCAACGGCGCCAGGUGCUCCAUGAACACAGAAGACGGCGCUAAGCUCUACGACGUCUGCCCGCAUGUCAGCGACUCUGGCCUCUUCUUCGAUGACUCCUACGGCUUCUACCCAGGCCAGGUGCUCAUCGGCCCUGCCAAGAUCUUCUCCAGCGUCCAGUGGCUCUCGGGGGUCAAGCCGGUGCUCAGCACCAAGAGCAAGUUCCGCGUGGUGGUGGAAGAGGUGCAGGUGGUGGAGCUGAAGGUGACGUGGAUUACCAAGAGCUUCUGCCCAGGGGGCACAGACAGCGUCAGCCCCCCGCCCUCUGUCAUCACCCAGGAAAACCUAGGCAGGGUGAAGCGUCUCGGAUGCUUUGACCAUGCUCAGCGGCAGCUGGGGGAGCGCUGUCUUUAUGUCUUCCCAGCCAAGGUAGAGCCGGCCAGGAUUGCCUGUGAAUGUCCAGAAAAACACUGCGCCCAGGGGGAGGGCUCUAUGGCCAAGAAGGUGAAGCGCCUCUUGAAGAAGCAGGUCGUGAGGAUCAUGUCGUGCUCCCCGGACACCCCGUGCCCCCGGGACCAUUCCGUGGAGGACGCGGCGGGCAAGAAGGGGGGCGCCAAAGCCAAGAGCGAGACGGGGUCCACCAGCCCCGAGGGCACGCCCGGCGGGUCCGCCAGCCCCGAGGAGAUGCAGGACGAGGGCCCGGAGGAGGCACAGGAGGCCGGCGAGCAGCUGCCCCCCUUCCUGCUGAAGGAAGCGGGGGACGACAGGCUGCACUCAGCCGAGCAGGACGCGGAUGAUGAGGCCGCCGACGACACGGAUGACACCAGCUCCGUGACCUCCUCCGCCAGCUCCACCACCUCCUCCCAGAGUGGCAGUGGCGCAAGUCGCAAAAAGAGCAUACCCUUGUCUAUCAAGAACCUAAAGCGGAAGCACAAGCGGAAGAAGAAUAAAAUCACUCGCGACUUCAAGCCAGGGGACAGGGUGGCGGUGGAGGUGGUGACCACAAUGACCUCGGCGGACGUGAUGUGGCAGGACGGCUCUGUGGAGUGCAGCAUCCGCUCCAACGACCUCUUCCCCGUGCACCACCUGGACAACAACGAGUUCUGCCCCGGGGACUUCGUGGUGGACAAGCGAGUCCAGAGCUGCCCGGAUCCCGCUGUCUAUGGCGUGGUGCAGUCCGGGGACCACGUGGGCCGCACCUGCAUGGUCAAGUGGUUCAAGCUGCGGCCGAGCGGAGACGACGUGGAGCUGAUCGGGGAAGAGGAAGACGUGAGCGUCUACGACAUCGCUGACCACCCUGACUUUCGGUUCCGCACAACCGACAUCGUCAUCCGAAUUGGCAACACGGAGGAUGGAGCACCUCACAAGGAGGAUGAGCCGUCGGUCGGCCAGGUGGCCCGCGUGGACGUCAGCAGCAAGGUGGAGGUGGUGUGGGCUGACAACUCCAAGACCAUCAUCCUGCCGCAGCACCUGUACAACAUCGAGUCCGAGAUCGAGGAGUCAGACUAUGACUCGGUCGAAGGCAGCACCAGCGGGGCAUCCUCGGAUGAGUGGGAGGACGACAGUGACAGCUGGGAGACGGACAAUGGGCUGGUGGAGGACGAGCACCCCAAGAUAGAGGAGCCCCCCCUCCCAGCCACCGAGCCGCCGGCAGCCCCCGAGGAGGACAAGGGUGUGGUGAUCAGCGAGGAGGCCGCCACGGCCGCCAUCCAGGGGGCCGUGGCCAUGGCCGCCCCUGUGGCCGGGCUGAUGGAGAAGGCUGGCAAGGACGGGCCCCCGAAGAGCUUCCGCGAGCUGAAGGAGGCCAUCAAGAUCCUGGAGAGCCUCAAGAACAUGACCGUGGAGCAGCUCCUGACGGGCUCGCCCACCUCCCCCACAGUGGAGCCCGAGAAGCCCACGCGGGAGAAGAAGUUUCUGGAUGACAUCAAGAAGCUGCAGGAGAACCUCAAGAAGACCCUGGACAACGUGGCCAUCGCGGAGGAGGAGAAGAUGGAGGCGGCGCCGGACGCGGAGCGCAAGGAGGAGAAGCCCGAGGGGCAGUCGCCCGUGAAGGCCGAGUGGCCCAGCGAGACGCCCGUGCUCUGCCAGCAGUGCGGCGGCAAGCCCGGGGUCACCUUCACCAGCGCCAAGGGCGAGGUCUUCUCGGUGCUGGAGUUCGCGCCCUCAAAUCACUCUUUUAAGAAGAUUGAGUUCCAGCCUCCAGAAGCCAAGAAGUUCUUCAGCACAGUGCGGAAGGAGAUGGCGCUGCUGGCCACCUCGCUGCCCGAUGGCAUCAUGGUCAAGACCUUUGAGGACAGGAUGGACCUCUUCUCGGCCCUGAUCAAAGGCCCCACUCGCACCCCGUACGAGGACGGCCUCUACCUGUUUGACAUCCAGCUCCCCAACAUCUACCCGGCCGUGCCCCCCCACUUCUGCUACCUCUCCCAGUGCAGCGGCCGCCUGAACCCCAACCUGUAUGACAACGGGAAGGUGUGCGUCAGCCUCCUGGGCACCUGGAUUGGAAAGGGGACAGAGAGGUGGACGAGCAAAUCCAGCCUUCUCCAGGUGCUCAUCUCCAUCCAAGGUCUCAUCCUGGUGAAUGAGCCCUAUUACAACGAAGCUGGCUUCGACAGCGACCGCGGCCUGCAGGAGGGCUACGAAAACAGUCGCUGCUACAACGAGAUGGCGCUCAUCCGAGUCGUGCAGUCCAUGACCCAGCUGGUGCGGCGGCCGCCCGAGGUCUUCGAGCAGGAGAUCCGGCAGCACUUCAGUACGGGCGGCUGGCGGCUGGUGAGCCGCAUCGAGUCCUGGCUGGAGACCCACGCCCUGCUGGAGAGGGCCCAGGCGCUGCCCAACGGGCUCCCCAAGGACAGCAGCUCGCCCGAGCCGCCUGCUGCGGCCGAGCUCUCAGACUUCGGCCGAGAAGAACCUGAGGACGGAGGGCUGGCCCCUGGAGAGGCCUCCCAGGGCUCAGACUCGGAGGGCGGCGCCCAAGGCCUGGCCUCAGCUGGCAGGGACCGCACAGACCAGACUUCGGAGGCAGCGCCUGACACCGCGGUGCCACCCAGUGUCAAACCAAAGAAGCGGAGAAAGAGCUACCGGAGCUUCUUGCCUGAGAAGAGUGGCUACCCUGACAUCGGCUUCCCCCUCUUCCCGCUUUCCAAGGGUUUCAUCAAGAGCAUCCGGGGGGUCCUGACGCAGUUCCGGGCCGCCCUGAUAGAGGCGGGCAUGCCCCAGGGCGCCGAGGACAAGUAGCCGCCAGCCCGGGGGACAGCGCGUCACGCGGGGAGAGGCCAGCUGCUGCCUGCUCACUCCCUCCCCUGGAAGCUCCCCCCUGCCCCUUCCUCCUGCGUCCCCCACGCGAGCCCCGCCCCUGCCCUCUCCUUCCCAAGGUGAGUUUGAUGCUGAAGUGCAGGAAGUUCUUGCGAUGCUGCCGUUUCUGCCCCGAAGCAAUCCUCCAACAGGUCGGUCCCUGUGACGAAGGAAACCUGAAGCUCGUCGCUGGUUUUCCUCUUGUCGCCCCAGGCGGACGGUCCCAGCACUUCCUCCCCUGCCGCCUCCACCUCGGGUCGGAGGUGGGCUUUUCCUGGGCCUGGCACGGAGAGCUCUGGGCCCGAGCGCGUGCAGAGCGGCGGGACGAGUGGAUGUGCCUUGCAUGAAGUGUGGGUUGCUCCCGGGCUCGCCUGGUCCCCUUCUUCCUCUUCAGCUCCACCACAGCUUCCUAGUGUCCCAGGCCCUCCCGCCGCCACCACCAACCACGUCCUCCCUCGCCCCCCAACAUCAGCACUCCCCCUCGGGAGCCGGAGCUGCUGUCACCCACGCCUGGCUCCGCUCCGGCCCGUCCACGCAGGAGAGCCCUCAGGCCUGUUGAACUUGCUCUCUAAGAGAGGUUGGGACCAGGCUGGGUUCAGGGUGACACCCAGGAGAGGUGGUGGCCCUCACACGCUGACACGGAAUGAGGACCAGGGAGCUGCUGGGAAAGAAACAGCUGUAGGUGCCUUGCUCUUCUGUCCCACGGGGCUGGGGGACAGCAGCUCGGGCUCUUGGGCCUUGGCCGCGCAGACGGAAGCCGACGUCUGUCCCCGCUCAGCCCCACCCCAGGGCCCCAGGAGGCCGGGGCAGCAGCACACACAGGCCAGGGCAAGCGCUGGGGCCUCUCCCAUGGACUCUGCCCCUCCCUCCAUCGGAUGCUCAGGCUGGGAGGCGGCAUGUAGCUCACUGAACACAGAGCCAGCCAGCCCCUCUCAAAGGAGAGCGAGGCCUCCUGCCAGCCCUGGGCUGGCAGGCUCCAUGCGGGAGGGAGGCGGCCGGCGGGGUCCUCCUUCCUCGCAGAGACAGGCCCAGAGGUUUACACGUUUUCUAAGCGUUUGAUAAUGUGAAGCUCCAGGCUGAGAGGAUGCUUUGAGCACACUGCAGCUGUGUAACUUGGGGUGUAUGUAUGUAAUAUUUAAGGUUGAAAGAAAAUAAAUCUCAAAAGCAAAGAUAUUAACUCUUAUUAGAAAAAAAGACAAAAUAAGAAGCCAAAGCAUGAUGCGUCUUGUCCGCCUUACGCUGGCUCCACGCCUGAGCUGCCACGACCACGCAGCCGGCAGCAGCGAGGGAAGGAUGGGGCCGGACCUCGGGCUGCAGCCUUGGGAGCCCAGAGUCGGUGUCCUGUGCGAGGGACGGAACGUCCCGAGUGGCUGGUGGGACUGCGCUUCCCGGUGCGCUGUUGACGUGGAGAUGUGAAUGCCUACUGCUUAAGAUAUCUGUAUAAAGUGCUGUGUGAUUAAACUUUUUUUUUACUUGCAUUUUUUUCGUUUGGCUCAUUACAAUGUACAAAAAAGACAAGGUGGCACCAUUAAACCUGCCUCUGCCA